AUGGAGAAACCUCUCAUCCAACGUCUCGCCCCACCAGGCGUAACAGUGCUAAUCCUCUUCCUGGCUCUCAGCUCCCAAUAUCUCUUCCAGCACAUCGAACCAGGUUCUCUCCGAAAAGGCGAUGCCUACCUCUUCAACACCCUGGUCACUGCGCUUCUAGUAUGCUACUACCGCGCGUGCUACAAAGAUCCAGGCUCCGUACCCAAUGACUGGCAAGAAACAGUCCGCCUGAAUGGUAGUGCCGCGGAUGCAGCCCAAUUGCCACUUUCCCAGCGCUGGUGUAGACGCUGCGAGAUCUGGAAGCCGCCGAGGGCACAUCAUUGCAAGACUUGCCGGCGUUGCAUCCUCAAAAUGGACCAUCACUGCGUAUGGACAGCAAACUGCGUCUCUCACAGCAUCCUUCCGCAUUUCGUUCGCUUCCUCUUCUACGCUGUGGUAUCUAUGCUUUACCUCGAACGCUUCCUCUACACACGAUGUGCCGUACUAUGGCAAAAGCGGCAUUUACCAAGCUACCUGGGCCCAAACGUGUGGCAGCUAGCCCACUUAUUCGUACUCGUCGUUGUCAAUUCCCUCGUCCUGUUCGCUCUCGUAUUGCUACUCGGACGUACAAUCUGGUCGCUGACGCUGAACAUGACGACGAUCGAAAGCUGGGAAGUGGAGCGCCAUCAUGCUCUGCUGAGGCGUGCACGCACACUCGGCGGCUAUCUAGACGGACCUGACGGCACUAAAGUCAAGAUCGAGCAGCAGGAGUUCCCAUGGGAUGCCGGAUUCUGGACGAAUAUCUGCCAGGGGAUGGGAAGCAGAAACCCAUUGAUCUGGUUCUGGCCAUUUGCACAAAGUCCUAGUAUUCGGAGUGCAUUUGAUUACGAGCACAACUGCAUUGAUGAUCCAAGCAAACCCUGGCCGCCCCCAGAUCCCGACCGCAUGUUCCGCACCGCCCGACGACCCGCAACUGGCGGCGACACGCUACCAAUGGAUAUCAACAGUUUCCGCGCACGACAGGAAGCAGACAUGGCGCGCUACGAGGACGCAGACGGUGAGUACGUCGUCCGUCGCCGUCCUUUCCACGAACGUCUCGAGGCUUUGUCGAAGUCAGAUGCAGGCCGUGUGUACGAAGUGGAGGAUGACGGCGACGAAGAUGAGGAUGCACUGGUCACGGACGAAGAUCUUCCGGCUGAGGCGCGAUUGACGCGGGAUGGUGGCGAUGAUGCGGGGGAAGAGGGCUGGCGCAAUAAAGAAGGGGAGAGGUUGGCUGAUUUUGGGGUUGAUGAGGUUGCAGACUUUUAUGAUGAGGAUGAUGUGCCGCUGGCUGAGCUGCUGAGGCGGCGGAGAGGCGGUGGUGUGGAGUAAACCAGUCGAGGUUUUAUAGACUUUAGGUCAUGAAUAUAACACGAC